UUGCACUGCAAGUCUUCUGGCCCUGUCCAUCUUCAGAAGCCACAAAUCGCUUGGAUUCCGGUAUAUCAUUGUCUGCGUCGCACCUACUCUUACUGUAGGACCCCUUAAGCGUGCAUCUACUUGAGAAUUGGCAGCCACCAGGCACAAUCCAACAUGUCACAGAAAACUUCCGAACCGGAAGUAUGCCAGACGCUUCUAGAUUUCGUCUCUGAAGGCACAUAUCCGGGGUCAGAGAAUAUUGCUGUGUCAGAAUUUCCUCCAUCUGUGCUGUCGAAGGAAUUGGAGCUUAUCUCGGAAGCAAGACAGCAAGUAGAGAAGGAAAUAGGUUUUCAGAGUCGGGAAAACACCUUUGAUGCCGAUGGUUGGAUGUCGCAGGCAAAGCAGCUCCAUGCGGACAUUGAGCGUUCAAGGCUCACUGCGCGAGAGAUUGUUGCACAGCAUGAGAAGACAAAGCCAUUUGAAUUGAAGGUUGCAGAUGCUGCAGCCAAAGUCAAGCUGGUUCAAACGGAAAUCGCGUUCAAUCAGGCUGUAACGAGCACGUUGGAGGCGGUACAGAAACUCUGUCAGCAGCUCGAUGCUGGACGAGUAGCUCUGAGUUGUGGACAGGUCACGGCCGCCAUUGAGACCGUAGAGGAGAUAACGAAGUCUUUGAAAAAGGAUAGCCUUUUUACGAAUACUAAUAUAAUGAAUAUACUGUCCAAAAAUAUCAUGGGGCUUCGACAAGAGGUUGCGGAGUAUCUCCGUACACGCUGGAAUGAGCAGGUGAGGAUCGACAAGGAUAAGCGGGAGUUGCAGGUCAGAACAAUUGACGGAAUCACUUUGGAAGAGACUGUCGCGGCUCUAUUGCGACUCGAGCUGUUCCCCUCGGUCAAUGAAAAAUUUCAAAGGGACCUGACUGCUACCAUAAUAGAUGCAAUAAUACUGCCUGGCGUUGACGGUCGCAGUCAUGGUGUGCGAGUUGGGGAAUUCGCUAUUAACGUUGAUCCUGAGCCAUCAGCUGCACCAGUCUCCGAAGUGCUGGAUCGUAUAGUUGAAGUACUAGGCUACUUGCGAUGUUGCCUCCCGACAUUAAUACUUGACCUGCUUUCUGAUUCUUUCGUUCCCAAACUUUCGUCGGAUCUGAUAUCGGGUUGGUUGUCAUCUGCGAUACCUACUGACCUCUCUGGUCUUGGAGAAUUUGAGAAGACGCUGAACCAUGUCCUCCAGUUCACUCAGACGCUGGAGUCGCUUGGUUGGCAUGGUGAAGAAGAGCUUGUUUCUUGGGUACAGCAAGCCCCCCGUCUGUGGCUCACGAGACGUCGAAUUCAUUCGUUAGACCAGGUUCGCAACGUUCUCGCCGCCAAGGGAGGCAUAACGAGACAAGUUGAGAAGGUAGAGACAGAGAAUGUAACACAAGCAGACCAAACUCUACUGCAUACGACUUUCGACGAAUGGCAUGCCCAAUGGGAUAACAAUAAGGAAGAGGUUACUUUAAGAGAAAAGUACAAUAUCACUGACAUUCCUGAUGCCGUCCUUGCUAUUGUCCGACAACAGAUUGCGGACGCCGAGGCCCUAUCACAGCCUACAUAUUCCACGUCUAAGGUUGCUCCCUCUGGGCCGGGUCUCUUAGCUCUUCCAACUUUGAUUAUUGCCAUGUACAAGGCUAUAGCGUCGUCAUUUUACGUUCUUAAACUCAAGUCAGGACAAAUAUAUCUCUAUAAUGACAGCCAAUACCUGGCUAGUCAGAUACGCGCCAUAGCUGAGGAACGCCAGCUAACGAGGCUCAAGCCUGAUAUCGUCUCACUCGAGAAGUUUGGCAAGCUUGCUUACAUGAAGGAAAUGCAAGUUCAACGCACCAUUGUCUCAGACCUGCUCGAUGGAGCUCAAGGUUUCAAUCGCUGCUCGGAGCAGCCAUUCUUAGGAGAAUGUGAGAAUGCAGUGAGCGCGACUGUUGACCGAAUUCGCGACGUCUACAAAGAAUGGCAACCGAUCCUCUCUUAUUCCGCACUUCUUCAGUCUAUUGGUUCUCUACUGUCCACGGUUCUGAACAAAAUUAUCAUUGAUACUGAAGAGCUAGGUGAUAUUCCCGAAGCCCAAUCCAAACGACUUGUGCUAUUCUGUAACAAGAUCUCGACGUUGGAGGAUCUCUUCAUGCCCGAGCCGGUUGCUGGUGCGGAAGCCGUGCCUAUGACCGCAAUAUAUGUUCCAAAUUGGUUCAAAUUCCAAUAUCUGGUUAAUAUUCUUGAAAGCUCACUUGCCGAUAUCAAGUACCUCUGGGUUGAAGGAGAACUCCGUCUAGAGUUUUCAGCCGAUGAGGUUGUUGACCUGAUUAAAGCACUGUUUGCUGAAUCUGACCACCGGCGGAAAGCAAUUGCAGAGAUUCGAAGAACAUCAAGAGGAUAGGGAGACCGAAAAUGUGCAUUGUAUAUACGAAGCUCUACUAUCUGGUAAAAAAUAGAAGAAAGCACUGGAGUGUUCGUAUUUUCUGUACAGCGUAUGUCUGCCGUCUCCGGGAUUUACACAACUGGCCGCGCGGGUUGCCGUAUUUUUUU